AUGAGGCGCCGGCUGACAGCUGAAUGGCUACGCGCACACCUGGGCCUCGGCUCGCGCCUUCCGCCGCCUCCGCCGCCACCGGCGCCUCCGCUCUUCCGUGCCGGAAUUCCUCCCGCUCCUUCCUCCAUUGCUCCUGGAUCGGACAGCGGCGGCGAGGACGCGCCCCCGGCGGCCGCCUCCGCCUCCGCCCCCGGGCCGGCCCCCACGGCGCCGCCGUCGGGCAGCGGGCAGGGGCAGGCGCGGCUGCGGCUGAACCCCAGCCUGGCCACGGACCCCGCGCUGCACCGGCCGUCGCCCGCAGAGGUCCAGCUGCUCGCCGCGCUGCCGCCCUCCGCCGCCGCCGCCGCCGCAGCCUACCACAGCGCGAUAGCCUCGAGCCCGUACUUCUGCCUGCCGCCGCCGCCGCUGCAGGACGCGCCGCCGCCCUCGCCGUCGCCACAGCUGCUGACGUCACGGGCCAAGGUGGACACGGCGGCAGCGGCCGUCGCCACCGCACACGACGCGCCGCCCGCCCCGCGGCAAGUGCCUGUGUUCAUGUGCUCGCCGUGUGGCAUCCGCUUCAGCUCUUCCAGCACCCUGGAGGCACACCAGACCUACUACUGCUCGCACAGGCUCAAGAAUCUCAAAGGCCGAUCAGACAGUGACAGCGAAGAGGGCCGCGCAGCGCCGAGCACGUGUGAGGGCGGCGCGCUGCAGGGCGACGAGAGCGUGGCGUCCGACGCCAGCCACGAGGGCGGCGCCGCGCCGCCCCAGGGCCCCGCAGCUAAGGCGGCGCGCACCGGCAAGCAGUACGCCUGCCCGCACUGCUCGUACAGCGCCGACAAGAAGGUCAGCCUCAACCGGCACAUGCGCAUGCAUUCGGCGUCGCCCGCGCCCGCCGCCGCCGCCGCCGUCGCCACCGUCAACGGGGAGGUGCAGCCCGGGGGCGCGGGCGCGGACGCCGGCGCGGUCGGCGCGCCGCAGCUGGUGGACCGCUACUGCCAGGACUGCGACAUCCGCUUCUCGUCGGUGAAGACGUUCCGCGCGCACAAGAUGCACUACUGCAGCACGCGCCACGUCGUCAAGGGCCCCCCGCACCUGGGGCCGGCGGCCAAGGCGGCGGCGCCCGCUCCCGCCACCGCCGCCUCCUCGUCUACGGGCGAGUCCGCCCCCGCGUCGCCGGCGGACGGCGCCUCGCCGCCGCCUGGCCCCGCGCUGCCUGCCUCCCCGGGGGCGGCGUCGCCCGCCGUGGUGCCGGUGGGUGUUCCGGCGCCGGCGCCGCCGCAGCCCAUCCUGGCGCUGCCCACCAACCCCAUCCUGCUGGUGCCCUACUCGCUGUUCCAAGGCGCCAGCCUGCUGACGGGCCCCGCGGCGCUGGCCAUGGCGCACCACGACAGCCCCUGCGUGCUGCUCGCCGACGGCACGCUGCAGCCACUGGCGCAGGGCAUCCUCUCGCAGCACCCCCAUCCCCACCCCCAGCCGCCCCCGCAGGUUCCGGCCGCCUCUCCCGCCGCGGCGCCCGCGGGCCACGCACCGACGUCACAGCCCACGCACAGGGACGACCCCACCACGGGCGUCGAACCCGCCACCUCCACGCCUCCCAGGCAUCACCAGAGAGAAGGCUCCGAAGCGAGCGGUCCACUAGAUCUGAGCGUGCGGAGGGCGUUGUACGGCGGCGCCGACCAUCCGGUGGGGACGAGCGAAGGCGACGCGGCGGACGGCGACUGCGACGGCCGCGAGGAGGUGGGCGGCGCGGGCGGCGCGGGCUGCGGGCCCUACCUGCUGUCCGCGUCGUCCGCGUCGACGACGCCGUCGCCCGCGCCGUCUGCCGCCAGCCCGGCGCGCCGCGGGGACAGCCCCGGCGCCGUCGCCAGCCCCAAGCAGCCGCCGCACGCGCCCUCCCCCAAGUCGCCCAGGCGCACACCCAAUGGCGUCGUCGCCGUCAAGCCGGAAGUGCUGGUGGCCAACCAGAAGCGCGUCAUCGUGUCUCCCACGCGCUCCCUCGGCUCGGACGGGCAGUCGGCCGACGAGGUGGCGCCGCCGCCGCCGCUCUCCUACCCUUCGCCGGUGAUAGCGACGCGGCGCGGCCUCGCGCCCUCCUCGUCGGCUUCUCCGUCGCUGGCGACUCCGCCGCCGCAGCCGGUGACGGCCGUGGCGAAGCUGCCGGCGGCCGCGGCGCUGCUGCCGCUACUCAUGGCGGCCGAACUGCCCGCGCUGCCGCCGCACGUGCUCGUCAAGCAGGGCGUCUCCAAGUGCCGCGAGUGCAACAUCGUCUUCUGCAAGCACGAGAACUACGUGGCGCACAAGCGCCACUACUGCUCGGCGCGCCUCGAGGGCGGCGGCGCGGGAGCGUCGGCGUCCCCGCCCGGGGGCGGCUCCCCCACCGGGGGCGGACCCGGCAGUCCCCGUGGCGCCGCCCAGCAGCCGCUGCCCCACAAGACGCUGCUGCAGUUCAUCUGCGGAGCCUGCGGCAUCAAGUUCACCUCCCUCGACAACCUGAACGCGCACCAGGCCUACUACUGCCCCAAGCGCGCAGAGCUGCCGGCCGCCAAGCCGCCCGAAGACAAGUUGGGCCGCAAGUGCCCCAAGUGCAAGGUGCUGGUGCCGGCAGAGCAGGUGGGGACGCACCAGUGCUGCGGCAGCGGCGCGGGGGUUGCCGGCGCGGGUGGCGGCGGGGGCGGCGCCGGCGCGGGCUGGAAGUGCCCCUGCUGCGAGGUGGUGAGCCCGACGGCGAGCGCCGCCCAGCGCCACAUGGACACGCACAGCGGCGUGCGCGCCUUCCGCUGCACCAUCUGCCGCUACAAGGGCAACACGCUGCGCGGCAUGCGCACCCACAUCCGCAUGCACUUCGAGAAGAGGACCGCCGACCUGCAGGAGGAGAAUUACAUCACUUGCAUCACUGGAGAGGACGCGGUGCACCAGCCGCAGCAACCGCAGCCGGGGGCGGCGCCGGCGCCAACUCCCACCCCCGCUUCGGCGCCCGCCCCCGCGCCCACCUCUGCCACGGACGCGUACCCCGAGUCACCCAGCGACGGCGGCGACUCGGGCCGCAUCGACAAACUGCACUUCUGCGACGCUUGCAGCUACAACUCCUCCUACAAGGGCAACGUGGUGCGCCACUGCAAGCUGGUGCACAGCGGCCGGGCUGGCGUCGGCGUCGCGACUGCCGACGACGCCGCCUCGUCGUCGUCUUCGUCGUCGUCGUCGUCCUGCUCCUCGGCGGCGGACCGCAAGUCCGGCGGCGCGACGGCAGACGCGGCCGUGGCGGCCACGACGGUGGCGGCGGCCGCCGCUACGCCGAGGGCGGGCGCGGACGCCGAUGCGUCGGUGGUGAAGCGCGAGCCCGCAGAGGGCGAGGGCGCCGUGUCCGCCGUCAAGACGGAGCCCGGCGCCGACGACGCCGCCGCCGAGGACGCCGCCGCCGCCGGAGCGCCGGCCGACGAGCACGGCGCCGCCGCCGAGGUCAAUCUGGCCCGGCCCAAGUACUGCAAGUCGUGCGACAUCUCGUUCCAGUACCUCUCGACCUUCAUCGCGCACAAGAAGUACUACUGCUCCAGCCACGCGGCCGAAAACUCCGCCAACAACAGGACGACGGAGGCGUCCGUUCUGUAGGGAGGUCGCAAAAUCUCAUCCAAAUUGCCUGUUACGUCGUCCUCGUAACAAUUCUCGUGUAAUUAUUUAUUCGUAAGUUCUGUGGAUUUGUCACAUUGUGAUGACAUUUGUAGAUUUACGUCGUUGUUGAAAAUCGUGUUCGUGUACAUGUUCUGUAGUAAUCUAUUUUAACUGCCGGUGACUGUGGUGCCGUACAGACAGACAGGGUUCUGACACGUGUGAGAAAUAUUGUCGUACGUUAAAUGUUUUGCAUACAUAUAUAUAUAUUGUUUAGUACAAAUAAUUUUUUAAAAUAUUCUCAUUAGUCAAAUCUGAUACACGUGCACAAGGCAACUAAAAAAUAUCUCAGCGAGCGCUCUUUUAAUUUUUAUUCUCAUUAGAUGAUUCAUAAUUUUCAUAAUGUCUUCCUUCAGUUAACUUUCGAGUUUAGAACUUGCCGGCUCCGUGAUAGAUUUAUGCUCUUGUUAAUACUAUUAAGACGUGAAGUUCUGUGAUAUAAAUGAAAUACAGAAUAAGCAGAAUGUAAAAUUAAAGUUAUACAAGUCUGCAUCACUGGCAGAUAUUGGUGAAACAAUUUCGGAUGAGGACAUAUGUAUGUACUGUGCAUAAAUGAAAAUUUGCCCCCUCAUGUUUUAAUAUGAAACAUGGAUUUCUUUUAGAUCCUUAGAUUCAUACAGUACUUGAAUCUCUCUGUUAUAGUGGUUUAGAACAAAGUAACCAAUAAUGUAUUUUAACUGGGAAUAUUCCCCUCAUAGCAGCCUGACAACAUUUGAUGUCAAGAAACAAAUUCCUCUCACACUAGGUAAGAAAAUAGAGACACUCUCUCUUACUCAUGGAAUCCCUAAUAAUAAACGUGAGAUUGUUAAUAUACAUACAAAGUUUAUCACUGCUGUGAAACUUAUGGUAUAAGGUGUUGUCUUGGCAAUUCAAGAACAGCUCUCAUCAAAACAUAAACCUCUAAGACUUCCUAUAACAAAUGAAAUGAUUUUCAGAAGCAAGAAAACGUAUUUAUGGGGAGUAAAACACACUAUAAAAGUUUCUCUCUUAUUUACACAUUCAUGUUGGGAACUGGCUUUUGUCUUACAACUUAACUGGGAAACAAUUAACAUUGUCAGAUAUGAUAGUACAGAGAAUGUACCUUCAAGUGGGACAGUAGUGCCUCACUUACUCUCAGUUUUGCUUCUGCCAGUAAAACAAAGCAAUUAUCAUACUUCCCACAAUAUUAAAAUAUGGCAAAAUAUAAAUCACAGUGAAACUUAACAUCUACAGUAAGUUCAGUACAGCCGAAGCAGACCUAAUUUAUCAUCUACAUGCAUUAUAAAAGCAAUCCAUAGCUCUUGUAAGUUUCAACAAUCCUCUUCAUACACCAUAUCUAUAACAUAAUUCCUUCUAUAAUAGCACCGGUAUGUUUUAGGAUGAUAAAUACUCUAUUCCAAUGAUUAAUUUAACUGAAUUUCGUAUUCCAAAAUAGCACUCAGUUUUAAUGUUCGUUAUUUCAAAGCAUUUUUUGAGAUAUUCCUGCAAGCUACCAUUUACAGUGACAAUAAUCUCUUGGGCCAUGAACUUAUAUUUGGAAACACAAAACAUACUUGUGCCUUUGCACUGUAUGUAUGUAAGUAAAACAUCCCUGGUUUUGUUUUAUAACCCUUAAAUACAUAAGUGCUAUACCUAGGAGGGAUGGGAGAGCUCACUGAAACGAAAAUUUCGAUACUAAAGUGACACUAUUUGGGCACAUUGAAAACUGAAUGAAAAUGAAUCUCUUGUGGACAAUAUGCUAGUGUGGAAGUUUCAUUUAUUACAAUUUAACAAUUUUAUAUUGUCUUAACAGAUCAAAUGAAAUAUUGUUAUAAUGAGGCCAGUGAAUAUGUACAGGAGAUAAAGCACUAGUAACUCUAAAUUACAGGCAAUUUACUGUUGCAGCACAAGUAUAUUAAAUGUCUCUGAGAUGAACGAUCUUAAGCCUAUGCUACCGAAUUUUCUGCAGUAAUGAAUGUUAGUAGAUCUGAUGCAGUAUGAGUGAAAUUUUGGCAACUGUAAUCAAUGCUACUGAAGAAAAUUUUUAAACUAUGCAAGACUGAUAAAGAAAAAGCUUUUCCCACAGCACAUCAGCACAUAUUUUUUCUCCAGAAAAGAAUGAUUUAGAAGCCUCUUAAUGAUUAAGCAAAUGUCACACAAUUUAACAACUCUCUUCAGAAGGGUUUUUUUGUCUUUUUUUAAAGAUAGCAAUUAUUGCAAAUGGAAAUACUACAUCGCAGGAGUGACAAGAAGAUAGAGAUCUCUUUCUUCUCUUUAGUUUUUCAACAUUCUUUCCAUAUUGACUAAUCCAAUUCUCAACCACUUUUCUUUCUCAGUGCAACAAAUUUACAAGUAUCCUUUUAUGACUACACAGUAUAUAAUGCUAUAGUUAGCGGAAAUAACUGGCAGAAAAUGCAAUGAAGCAGUAGGGGUAAAGAACACUGGCCAAAAUGCCGGUUAAAUACAGCUAUCUGAAACAUAAAAGAGCAUAUUUGAGUUUUCACUCCUAUCGUGUUUCUGUUGUAAUUUGAAGAGGAGGAUACUUGACUGCCAGAUUCUUUAAGUCAACAUUAUCUAUGAUUGAUUGAGAAGCUAUGAGUAAAAGUGUAUGUCAUAGUCCAUUCUAGAAUCUCAGCCUUAAAAUAUGUGAAAAAUCAUCUGAAAUAUGAGCACUAAAGACAGCAAUGAUCAUUACAACCAUAAGGCAAACAAAAGUUAGUUCCAAAUGUAAACUCAAAAAAAGUCUUUCUUUUCUUUCUUAGAUACAUCUGACAGAUCUUAAAGCCAGUGUAUCUUAGAAAGUGAAUGUUCACCAAGUAUAAUAUUCAAAAAUUUACAGCAUACAAACCUGGUUUUAAUGCUGAAUUCAGUGCCAAAGGCAACAGGAUAAUCACAAAAUUUUCUGUGUUGAAAAGAACAUAAACACAGAACAGUGGUAUAAAAAUUUAUAAUUCCACUUACCAAAUCAGAAAAUCAUAAAUGAUUUUAUGUGUACUAUUCCUGAUAAGUUUCACACAAACCUGAUUCAUAAAACCUUAGCAAUUAAAUUAAUUCAUUUUAUUGAUUGUAUAGGUAAUUAACCUCUGUCACUGUUGUUGAUCAGAUGUUAUCUUAAAUCACACUACCUACAAGCAGUUGUCUUCCAUUACAAACAGUUCAUGAUGUCAUUAAAUGUAACUAGUUAUUUUUACUUCAUAUUGUUGUUAUAAAUUUAUGUUGUUUCUAGAAACGAAGCUAAUCUCUCUUGCAUGUAUUUCACAUCAUUUACAUUAAUGCCUUAUCACAAGCAUAUUCCUCAAAGACUCAUACAAAUAACAAGAGAAAAAUAUUACAGUACACAUCUAUGACCUAUACCUAAAUUCAACAAUGAAUUUUGGAGUUCAUUUGACUGCAUUGAGGGUGAUAUCUCAGAUCUAUCUGUGUAGAAUAUAGAAAAUUUUUCCAUAUUAUUUGACAUAAACUUAUAUGUGUACACUUAUCUUGAAACAGUUGACUGUGAGGAUUAUUACAUGUGAAUGAAUGAAAUUGAAGCUAUUAUAAUAGAGAUUUGUUUUAAAAGGAAUGAAUAUUGUAUCUGUAGAAUGAGAUGUUUUGUAGGUUAUAUAUGUCGUUGUGCAUGUGUGGCGUAUAUUUGUUCUAGAUUGUGUAAAUGCUGCCCCCUUGUUAAUGUAACAUUAUCCCCUUGCCAAAGGUUUAUAUGAGUUGAAAAAUAUAUGAAUUGAAAAAACACACCUUUGACUGUAAGCUUUGAAUCUUUUUGACUUUUUAUAUUUUGUGGAUAACCUUCAACAUAGUAGCUGUAUAGUAUGAUAGCUCUGUGUAAAGUUACUGUUUGUAAAUGAAAAUGUGUUGAAAACUGUUGGUGCUACAUAGGAAUUAUAGUAUCCAAUGCAGCUCGCACUCAUGCUGCCAGUCAUUGCGAGGAUAAAUCAGCCAUACCCGGAGACAAUAAAUUAUUUAUUUGUAA